AUGAAUGACACAUUAAUAAAGCAAAGCUCUACCGAGAGGGAAGACAACAUCAAGCUCGUUAAUCUACCUCAGAGCUGGACUAUUCUCAUUAUGACCAUUAUGUCCUUGGUUCUCGUUUUAACAAUCGUUGGAAAUGUUGCUGUUAUGAUUGUCCUUCGUUACUCAAGCGCUCUCAACUCCAUCGUUAACUCCUACUUUUUAGUGUCUCUGUCAAUUGCAGAUCUUCUUGUGGCCAUUCUUGUAAUGCCGUGCGCUUUGGACGCUGUAAACAGCGGUUGGUGGAGAUGUGGAAGAAUAUGGGGCAUUUGUAACGGGUUUGGAAACUUUCUUUUUUGCAUCUCAUCGAUCAUGCACCUAAUGAUGCUUUCGAUUGACCGAUACCUCGCAAUCGCUCGUCCACUGUUGUAUCCACUUGAAAUGACAAAGUCGCGCGCCAUUUGGUUGUGUUUUGUACUGUGGAUAUACUCUGCCGUUUGGGCUUUCUUGCCCUUAUUUGGGGUGAGCUCCUACGAGUGUUUCAUUAACUACAUUGGCACAUGUAAACCAGAGGACUGGUCCAAGUAUGGGUUAAACUUUGCUUUUGCAAUUUCCGUUGUUACAGGAACCUACGGACUAGCUUUAAUAACGAUGGUUUUUGUAUACUGGAAGAUUGCGCGGGUAAUCCGAAGUCAACUUCAACGUAUUGAGGUUGUUAGAAAUAACAACAAAAAGCAGACAGUUUAUAACAAAGAGGAUAAUACGACUGGGAAAUUUAAAAGAAGUAAAGGAGUGGUUACUUUAAUGAUAGUAACUUUAGUGUACCUCAUAUGCUGGUCACCAUUUUGUAUCUUGCUCUUCGUUGAGAUUGGAACUGGUCGAAAGGUCCAAGGACCGUAUGGCGCCGUAGCAAUGCUCGUUGGAUUUACGAACAGUUGCUGUAACCCUAUCAUCUAUUCCAUAAAAUACCGGAGAUUUAGGAGGGCUGUGUUAAGCAUGAUUGGCAAGACUGACUUCGUAUUGAAAUUUUCAGCUACUAAUAACGCUGGAAUGUCUUCCAUGGUUCAAGAGUAUACUGUCAAGAGAGUUCAAACCUUAGGAAGAAGAGAAUCAAGCGUUUAA